UAGGGGAUCUUCAACUGUUUCCAUUCGGUGACUUAGCCAUUGGAAUAAUUAAAUUGAGAUUAAAUCAAAUUUGAUUGAAUGUAUUUAUGUUAAUCCUUGUUAAUUAGUUGUGAUCCUAAUUCUCGUUCAUCUUUGACUUUGUGUCUUUUUGCGUCACUUUCUUGUUCUCUAUUUUUCUCAAUUUUGUCUUCAUCAUCUUUAUAUAAAUUCUCUCUCUCUCUCUCUCUCUCUGUCUACUUUUCUUUGCUCUGUUUUCUUCUUCUCUUUCUUUUUUCCUUCUCUCUGUCUCUCUCCUUCUUUUACACUCUCUUUAUCCCAGUUUUUCCACUUUCCAAUUUUUCUUCGUCUCAUCCAUCUAUUUAUUAUUAUUGUUAUUUAUUAUUAACCAUUCUAAUCAUGGCUACUGGUGGCGAUGAUAUUGAUGAAGCUCGAUCUGAGGCUACCUUCAGAUUCAAAAUUGAAAAUUUCAGUAAGAUGAGAGAUUCUGUUCUCAGUCCAUCUACAUAUGUCCGUAAUUUACCAUGGAAAAUCAUGGCUAUGCCUCGUACCAAUCAAUCCCAAGAUCGUCAGCCAACCAAGAGUCUAGGAUUUUUCUUACAAUGCAAUGGAAACUCAGACUCAUCAACUUGGUCAUGCAAUGCAACAGCUGAGCUCAGAUUAAUAAAUCAAAAUGAUGAAGGAGAACCGUUGACAAGAAAGAUUCAGCACGUUUUCUAUAGUAAAGAAAACGAUUGGGGAUUCAGCCACUUCGCUGCUUGGAGCGAUAUUCUUGAUCCAGAGAAAGGAUAUUGUAAGGAUGACUCCAUAGUGUUGGAAGUUUGGGUUUCCGCUGAUGCUCCUCAUGGUGUCAGUUGGGAUUCAAAAAAACAUACUGGAUACGUAGGACUUAAAAAUCAGGGUGCAACUUGCUAUAUGAACUCGCUCCUUCAAACCCUAUUUUUUACCAAUAAACUUAGAAAAGCAGUUUACCAAAUGCCGACCGAAAGUGAUGAUUCCUCUAAAAGUGUUGCCCUGGCUUUACAACGUGUUUUUUAUGAGUUACAAUUUUCAGAUAAACCAGUGGGUACCAAAAAGCUGACCAAAUCAUUCGGAUGGGAAACACUAGACUCAUUUAUGCAACAUGAUGUCCAAGAAUUAUGUAGAGUCCUUCUAGAUAAUAUGGAGAGUAAAAUGAAAAGUACUUGUGUUGAAGGAACCAUACCUAAGCUUUUUGAGGGUAAAAUGAUCUCUUUUAUUAGGUGCAAGAAUAUUGAAUUUUCAUCUUCCCGCGUUGAACCAUUUUACGAUAUUCAAUUGAAUGUUAAAGGAAAGAAAAAUAUCAAGGAGUCAUUCAAAGAUUACACUUCGGUGGAAUUGUUAGAUGGAGAAAACAAAUAUGAUGCUGGUGAAUAUGGUCUUCAAGAAGCUGAGAAAGGAAUUAUAUUUGCUUCUUUUCCCCCUGUUCUUCAUCUUCAUCUUCUCCGUUUUCAAUAUGAUCCCGUAACUGACACAAAUAUUAAAAUAAAUGAUAGAUUUGAAUUUUAUGAGAAAAUUAAUUUAAGUGAAUACCUUCAGAAAGAUGAAAACAAUCAAACCACGAAACAUGCCGAUUAUACUUUACAUGCUGUUUUAGUUCAUUCUGGAGAUAAUCAUGGAGGUCAUUAUGUUGUUUUUAUAAAUCCUAAAGGAGAUGGUAAAUGGUGUAAAUUUGAUGAUGAUGUAGUCUCUCGAUGUACUAAACAAGAAGCGAUAGAUCACAAUUUUGGUGGUAAUGAGGAUGAUGUUACAGUCAAACAUUGUACCAAUGCGUAUAUGUUAGUUUACAUUGCUGAUGAUAGUGAUGUCUUGGAACCGGUAACUGAAGAAGAUAUUCCUGAACAGCUGAUUGAAAGGUUGCAAGAGGAGAAACGCCAAGAAAAUUUGAGAAGAAAGGAAAGGAAUGAAGCUCAUCUUUAUAUGUCUAUUCAAUGUUACACUGAGGAUAGCUUUAUGGGACACAAAGGAAAUGAUCUAUUCGAUCCUGAAAAAUCUCCUUUCAAAAUAUUUCGAAUUAAAAAACAAGCAACAAUCAAGGAAGCUUUGGAAACUAUUGCAGAGCAACUGAAAUAUCCGGAAGCUGGUAUUCGUAUUUGGCCAAUAACUCAAAGAGCCAAUGAAACUUCAAGACCAGGAAGUUUGGAUAUAGAUACUGAUCCCAUUAAAAAUAUUUCUGAGAUUGCAGAAAGUAGCAAUCCAUGGAAUGUCUUUCUAGAAAUGAUUGAACCCGAUUCUGGACUAACAGAAUUACCUCCAAUCGAUAAAGAGAAUGACGUUCUUCUUUUCUUCAAAAUGUAUGAUCCCAAGAACAAAUUCAUUACUUAUUGUGGUCUUGCUCAUUUGCCUGCAAAUACCAAGACCCGAGACAUUAUUCCUUUCUUGAAUAAGAAGGCUGGUUUUCCACCAAACACUCCACUCGAUCUUUAUGAGGAAGUCAAACCUAACAUGGUUGAACCAAUCGAAGACUUAGACCAACCAUUGAAUAAAGUGUUGGAUGAACUUAUGGAUGGGGAUAUCAUUGUUUUCCAAAGAUCAGACCUAAAAUUAGGACCUGAAUAUGAACUGCCCACUGUCGCUGACUACUUUAAGGAUCUCUUCAAUAGGGUUGAAGUUAUUUUCUGUGAUAAACAACUUCAAAAUGAUCAAGGUAUCGCUUUGGAGUUAUCUCUGAAAAUGAAGUAUGAUCAAAUAGCCACUGCUCUGGGUCAGAGAUUAGGAUGCGAUCCAUAUUUAAUACAGUUUUACAGACCUCAAAGUUACCGAGAUGCUCAUUGUGGUCCACUGAAAUGUAAUUAUGAAGGUAACUUGCAGGAGAUUUUAACUAAUUAUAAACCAAGGCAGCCUAAGAAAUUAUAUUAUCAAUUGUUAACUAUUCGCGUCAAUGAGUUGGAAAAUAAAAAGCCAUUUAAAUGUGUAUGGGUCAACAAUAAGCUUAAGGAAGAGAAAGAGCUUCAACUGUAUCCAAAUAAAAACGGAACUGUUGCUGAGCUUUUAAGCGAAGCAAGAAAACAAAUCGAACCUUCUGAAGAAGGAAGUGGUCAACUGAGACUUUUAGAAGUUUCCUCGAACAGGAUAACAACAAUUCAUAAUGAAGAUAUACAAUUGGAAUGUUUAAAUCCUGUGGGUAAUAAGACAUUUAGAAUUGAAGAAAUACCCAAGGACGAAAUGGUCAAAGAAUCUGGAGAUUUUGUCAUUCCCGUGACACAUUUUCAAAAGGAGAUUUAUCAUACAUUUGGUACACCCUUUUUGCUUAAACUGAGAAAUGGUGAACCAUUUUCGGCUGUGAAAGAUAGAAUUCAGAAAAAGUUAGAUGUUCCUGACAAAGAAUUCGAAAAAUUCAAAUUUGCCAUCAUUUUGGGCUCUAAACCACAAUAUUUACCAGAGGAUAGUGAUUAUAUCGUAAGCAAAGAUGAUUUCCAAGUCCAAUCAAUUCAGAACAGCCUUCAGACUGGACAAACAGACAAAUGGACUAAACCAUGGUUAGGUCUUGAUCAUGUCAAUAAAGCGCCGAAAAGAUCAAGAUACAAUUACUUGGAAAAGGCCAUAAAAAUUCACAAUUAAAAUCAACCAACUGCAUGAUGAAUUCACUAAUCCAUUGAUUAAAAAACGGAUCCUACGUUAACCACACUCAAAUACACACACAUACACACAUAAACACACACACACACAAGAGUCUAAUUCCCCACUGGUCGUGCUUUUAAACAACAAAAAAGAAACGUCGACACUCAUAUACACAUCUAAAGUCAUCUGAUUCAAAGAUAAACAAAAGCAAAUUAUUAUUAUCAACUAUAUCUAAAGAAAAGAAAAGAAAAUCAUCAUCAGCUGAUUGAAUGAUGAAAAACCAAACUAAUCAACAAAACCUCAGUUUGCAAGUUUUUGUUAUUAUUUAUUGUGCUUGUUAUUGUGGUAAUUGUUUGUGUAUUUUGCUGUGUGAUGAUCACAAUGAUUAUACUAAUUGGUUUAAAUAAUCCAACAAAAGUAUAAGCAUUUAUUGAUCCAUAUGACUAUCAUCACUUAAUUGGCACGUUAUUCGUGUUAAUUACUUUUAAAAUAGUUAUAUAUUAGGAAGAAGUUUUUAUUAAAUAUAUGGAAAGAGUGUGAAAAAAAGUUAAUCAAGAUGCUAAAUUAGCAUCUUUCGUAUUAAUCUUACUAAUUAAUUCACACACAAAACACAACAGUCCCCGAAUAUACAAUCACAAUACUAUUUAAACUGAGGUUUUUUCGUUGAUUUGAUUUAAAUUGUAAUUGGAUUUAUGGCAAACGAAAAAAAAGAUGAACUAAAUUCGCUGAUGUCUCAUCAUCUUUUUGAUGGAAAAUCCUUUUUUUCUGUGCUCGAAAUCAUGUUAAGAGAAUUCAUCUUUUUUUCUUCACUCUUCUAUUUUUCUUUCUCUCUUUCUGUCUCUUUUCACUUUUCGUCUCUUUCUAUCUUCUUUUUCUUCUUCUUCCACUCUUCUCUUUAACUCAAUUCAUGAGAAGCUCAUUCAUAAAAAAAACCAAGUUCAUUGGGUAAUCAUUAAAAAAUACAAAAUCUUUUCUAGUAA